GCCACACCUGAAGCUAACGCUAAAGCUACAGAAGCUUGCCAUGCACUGGUCACGAUUUUCUACAGAUGCCACUCAGCAGUAAUUUAAAAACAAACUUUUUACAAAAAAUUAAAUAAAGAUACCCAUUGCUAUGUAACAGUUGACUUUUUUAUAUUAUCUUUAGUGAUGAAUCUCAAUAAAAACAUUUGAUCAGUAAAAUAUAUUAAUGAAUAGUCCUAAUUUAUUUCUUUACAUUACGAGAAUACCUUUCAAUUCGGAAGCGGGGAAACGUUAACUUUCGUUAUUCACUAUGACCAAUCUUAACUUUGGUAACAAAGGGAAAUAACUCAAAUUUUCAAUUACAUCGUCAUUUAUUUUUUUAAAUUAUUCAUUUGGUAAACAAGAUCCUAUUAAUAAGUCAUUCGAGUCUCGGAUUGGUGAAAUGUUUGAUUGAAUUGAUCAUUUUGAAUCAUUUGAGAUGCGCAUAGCUCAGGCUCAGACAUAACUGCGACGUAGGCAUAGGCUUAGGGAAGCAAAUAACAAAUGUGAUUAAUCAAAAAUAAUAAUGAUUACAACAGUUUAUUAACUGUCAUAAUUAUGUCAAAUGUGUAUUUUCCUUAUGUAAUUGUCAGGUUGAUGUGAAUGAUUAUAUUCGCCGUUGCACUGCUUCCUAUUGCUCAUCUCUAUCUGCUGGAGGUAUUGAUGCUGCCCAAAGAGCGGUUUGCAAUGUUAUGUCAACAUACCACAAGGUCUGCACUCUUAUCAGUGGAGAGGCAAUUUCAUGGAGGUCAAGUAACCUAUGUCGUGAGUUUGCUUUUUUAUUAGCCCUAACUCUAUAAAUAAUUUAGGUUGAUAGCUUUUAAUUUGCAUUAAAUUUUUGAUCAAAAUCUUUGUUAUUUCAACUGUUUAAAUUGCUUAGUUAAGUUAAUUGGUGUGCUUCUUUCGUAAAAGUUAAGAUUUUAAAAUUAAUUUAUCACCUGGACCUGGGUAUUUUAAGGAAAACUUGACUAUCAAUUAUUUUUUCACAUAUUUUAUUUUCAUAUUAGUAAUACCUGAUAAACACUUUAUCAAACAAACCUAUUUAUUUUAGUUAAAAUAUAUUUAUAUUAUAUUUUAUUUUAGCCAAGACUUGCAACCCACCUUUCAUUUUCAACGGCCUGAUCACUAACAGAUGCCCACUGACAUGUGGUGCCUCAAUGUACUCCUACACCAGAAGCAGUUGUCAGAGUCAGCCAUUUGGUGGAUGUGAAUGUCCUGCUGGACAGGCCAGAAUCAACAACACCUGUGUUGCACCUCAGGACUGUCAAUGCAAAGGAGAUGAUGGCCGUUUCUAUGACCAUGGAAAAGAAAUUGUUUCUGGAGAUCACUGUCAAAUAUGGUAUUCGUUUAUGAGAUUAACAUAUGAAAUGUAAAUCCAUCAAUCCCUCUGUGGCAAUAGCCUGUCUAGGGCUUUGCCUGCCAUAUCACUCCCUUCCACUCAGACCCAACUGUUGCUUUUUUCCAUGCUUGGAUUACCAGUUGUUGUAGAUCUUUUUCCAUAUCAUCGGCAUUUGAGCCAUUUUUCCUUUAGGGUUUUGGUCGUGUACCAUCUUUACUCCUCUGUCAUUUGGCACUCUUUCUAAGUUUCCCACCCAGUGCAGCCUGACUAUUUUUUAUUUCUUGCUGCUAGUAUGGGAUCCUGAUUUUAGUCUGUACAAUUCCUGUUUGGAUCCCUAUUUCAUAUUCAUCUGUAUAUUUUCAGCAGAAAUUUUCUCUUCCAUGUGUUUAAUAGAUUUCUCUUCUGUUUUUGUUAGUGCCAGAUGUUCUAUUACAAUACUAAGUUUGAUAUCCUUUUCAAUGUUCUUUUAAACAUAAUUUAAUAAUCAACAUGGUUGAUGCAUUAACUAUUUACACAGAAUUGGAUUUAGGAUUUAUUUGUUAUAGGUUAUUUUGUUAUCAAAUGAUUAGCAGACUUAAUACAUGCAACAAAAUGCAUUCCCCCCUAUUCAAUUCUUCAUAUACCUAUUUCAUAUGACCAAAUAAUUAAAACCUCUGGUAAGCCUUUAAUUUCGGUUUCUGUUGUUAGUAUUUCAAACAAAAAUUAUUUGAUAAAAAAACCUAAUUGAAUGAAAAUGUUUUGUAAACUAUAUUAAAAUUUAAGAAGGGAAUAUGUGAAACAAAGUAUGAGAAAAAUCUGAAAGAAGGACGUAACAAAAUAAUGAACAUGACAGCAAGACGCCUUCUUCAGAGAACAGAGAAAACACAAAUAUAAAAAUUAAAAUAAAUACUUGUAGUAUCCGAGAGGAACAUAGGUGUAGUUUUUUUAUAUUUUCCCAUACCUUGUUUCAUAUAUUUUCUUCUAUCUAAAAUGAUUGCAGUCUCUCUCUCCCCCCCCCCCCUUUAAUAUAUUAAGUUUUAGCUAUUAAGCAUAAAAUAUUAUUAUCUUUAGCACUUGUGGAAACUAUGGUCUUUGGGAAUGUAAAGAAAGUCCAGAGAAGUGCUCUGCUACUUGCACAAUUCUUGGAGGCAGCUUAGUAAAAACAUUUGAUGGCAGAAUGUAUGAAAUCAAAAACUCUUGUGGAGAGCUAACCAUUGCUCAGGUGAAUUUGGUUUUAAAAUAUUCUAAUUUCAAAGACUAAUAAAAGUUCUUUACAGUAUAUUUUACAAAAGCUUAUACAAAUUUAAACUUACCAAAUAUUUGUCUACAUAUUUAGGGUUCUGAUAUCAGCAUCAAAUUAGAAGUUAAGACAAGUGUUAUAGCUGAAAAUGGAGAUAAAGUUAGCCCUAGCUUCAUUACUGUGGAAUAUCAAGGCACCACUUCACGUUUACAAAUUUCCAAGACAACUUCCCUAAUUGAUAAUGGAUUUGGCACAACAGUUUAUAUUAGGUAAGUAUAAUAAUAAAAUUACUGAAAUGAUCUUAACUUAUAGAACUUAGAUACUUCACAAUAGACUUCCUAAAAUUGUCUUAAUAAAUAACUUGUUUGAAAGCAACUUAUAGAAAUAUAUUUUAUUUUAUGGUACAUUUAUUUAAAUUUAUUUUUUUGCUUGACUAGAAUUUCAUUUGCUGAUUUAGAACUGUCAUCACUAUUUUGGGUUUCAGACAAGCCGCUCAGAAUGUGUUUGUGGGGGACAUCAAGGGAGGGCUAGUCCGUUUUAUUGUCUCCCGUGAUGGCACUUUCCACCUAAAAAUGAAAAGCACACACUUCAGGAACAAGGUUUGUUUUUACAAUUUGAAUCAUGUCAAUGCUAAAAUAUAACAAACUGUGCACAGUAAAACAAUAAUUUCGCUGUUAAUCAUAUCUCAUCAGAGUGAGCACUUGCAUUUUCUGAACCAAGAAAAUAUUUUCAUAACUACCUGUCUAAAAUUAAUUUGUUAUUCUUGUGUUUGAAGGUCUUAGGUAUCUGCGGCAACUUGGACAACAACAAAGACAACGACUUCAUGUCACCAUCCUAUUCUGAAAUGGACAAUGCAGAGUUCAUAAAGUUUUACUCAACAUGUCGUGAGGCCCAAUUAUCAGAACUCAGUCUGAGCACAGUGGUAAAUAUUUUUGGCGUUGCUAAAGAUUUAAAAAAUGUCAAAGCUUGCGAUUGCAAAAAUUAUAUUAGACAACAAGUUUUAAUGGCUGGAUAUGAAAAAUUAUGUUUACAUUUAUGGAGUUGAUCAUAAAUUCUUUUUUUUACUCCAAAAAUGUGUAACGUCAUCGGGUUUCAUAGUCAUUAAAAGUUAUCUAGAACCCUGGAUAAAAAUACACUUUGUUACUUGUGAUUUCAAAUGUUUGAUUUAGAUGCAACAGGUUGGAUUAUUUUAUACUGUCUGUGAUGAAUUUUAGAUGUGAUUUGAGAUUUUCCUUUGAAGGCAGUUAGGUUGGACUUUCAAAUAAUGCUUCUUUAAGAAUAAGAACAAAAUAGGUCUUUUAGUUUUUUUUUUGUUAUACCUAUGUUAGCUUAAAGAUUAGGUCUUACAAUGGUUAGGUGGAGAAAGCUUGAUGGUACACAAAUGCCAGAGCCUAGAUUAGUGAAAAGUACAUAAAAACUAGGCAUUAAUAGAUACAAGAGUCCCAAAAUCUUAGUGCAAAAAUGUUAUAAAUGUGCUGAUGUUAAAAAUAAUUAACCAAGUUAUGAUUAGACAGUUCUGGAUUAAUCAUAAUUUGAUUAUGGAGUAAUUUGAUUAAUUUUGAGUACUUAAUUUUGAUUUUGAAGUAGGCCAAACAGUUCAUUUUUUAAUUUAAAAAGUGGCAGUUCAUAGGAUUGUGUUGAUUAUUUAUUUUGUUACUUAACACCAUAAACUGUGUGUGCCUAUUGUUCCACUAGCACAUCUGCACCUCUGAAACUGUGUGUGCCUAUUAUCCCACUAGCACAUCUGCAACUGUGUGCCUAUUAGCCCACUAGCACAUCUGCACCUCUGCCCCUUAAUAUUAUGCUUAAAAGAAGCAUUCUCACAAGAGACAUAACACUAUUUUGAGAACUGAAAUAUUUUGUAUAAAACUUCAAAGGGUUGUAUAACUUACCACCUGAAAGGAAUGCCUAACAAUUUUUUUUCCCCCCUUUGCCUGUCUUUCUUCAGAAUCCUUUGUGCAGUAACUUAAGUUCCAUCCCUCUACCACCCAACUCAAGGGUGGACAUUGACAGCUAUGUCAAGCUGUGCAGCAAUGCUCCGACUAAUGAUCUGCGCUGUGACGUCCUACAGUCUUUUGCUAUGGCUGCCAAUAUUAAUUUCCAAACUGCAUUUACCAAGGAAGUCUCAUGCAGUAAGCAUUAUAGAUAUAAGGGGUGUUUAUAUUUGUCGUUAAAUAAAUUCUUUUUUUUUCAUUAUAAAAUUCUUAAAUUUUGACAACUUUUUAAAAAUUUUCCUCUUUCCAUGUCCCUAGCAAAUAAUGGAGGGUGGAGGGACUUGUAGUAAAUCUGAAAAGAAAAAAAUAGAAAAGAAAAGACAACAAAAAAAAAUUUCGCUUUUUUUUUAAUAGCUUACCCUUACAUCCUCUCCUAUACUCCACCCUGGCUUCCUUUAAAAAUCUCUUUAACCUCCACAGAUCUUUGCUGUGUCCCACUUACCCUUCACCUCUGAACAUCUGUUCAACCCUACUCUUUCCCACCCCCUCCCUGCUCUCAAGUCACUUCCUCCCCUACCAUUAUUAUCAUAUUUUGACAAUUCUUCCUUAGACUUGUGAGACUCCUGCCAAGCUUAAUGUUUUUAUUCUCAGCUGUUCUUUAUUCUUUGUUGUCUUCUUGUUAAACGUUUUCGGUCAAAAAGUCUCGCUGUUUUUUAGGUCUUUCCCUAAAGUUUAAUACUUCUUUCUGGUAAACCUGUCCUCCCCAUAGUUUGUUUUUAUAAUCAUUGAAAGGAGGUGUUGGUCCAGUUUUUAAAAUAGGUCAGCUUCAUAUUUCUGAGUAAGUUGUAUUGGUCUUUAGGUGACACCAUCUGCAAGAGGAAACAAAUUAACCUGUGUGACGCCAACUGCAAAGAUCACCUCAUCAAGAACUGUGAGCCUGAGACCAUUUACACCUGUGGCUGUGGAGAGGGGGAGUACCUCAAGGAUGAUGGAACCUGCGUGGCCCUGGACCAGUGCGGCUGCUUUGAUUUCACAACACCUGAUAAAGUUAUAGCUCCCCAUUCAGAGUUUAUGCACGGAUGCAGAGAAUGGUAUUAAGCUUUUUGCAAAUCUGUUGUUUUUAAAUUAGCAAAUUUAAGUUUAAUCCAGACAUAAAGAGAGAGUAAAAAUAGCUUUCCUACUUAUUUUAAAUGUAAAAUUUGCAUGUCAUAUCCAAUUUAUGUGAAAUCUAUUGUGUAUAUUUUCUAAAAUUACAUUUUCGUGGUAUAAUCAUCAUCUGCAAUGGCUCUGAUCUUUUAUUCACAUAAUUUGUAAUGGCUCUGUUGCUUUUUUUUGGCAUUGUCUGCAAUGGCUCAGAUAUUUCAUUUAUAGUAUCUGCAGUGCCUGAUCUUUUAUUCACACUGUCUACAAUGGCUCUGAUCUUUUAUUGAAAGGAUCUGCAAUAGCUCUGAUCUUUUAUUCACAUUUUCUUCAAUGGCUCUGAUAUUUUAUUCACAGUGUCUGCAAUGGCUCUGAUCUGAUCUGUGACAACAGCUGUGAAGAGGUCAUCUGUGCAAACUCUCAAGCAUCCAGAACAGAUCUCCUAGCCAAAUCCAUUGACCCCACUUGUGCUAGGCAGAUGUGCCCAAAACCUUUCUAUGCCAUGUCCGAAUGCAUCAAUGUGGCCACCAGUUCACAGCUUUGCUUCUGUGCGGAAGGGUUCAAGCAAACUCAGGUAAACUGUACCAGAGAUGAUUAUUAAAUACAUGAUAUUAUAUAUACAACAAACCCUGUUGUACACAAACUUUAUGGACACUUAAUAUCUUUCCUUUUUGAGAGAAUGCAUAUUUUUAAAAAUUUAACAUUGUCCAACAUUUAUUGUCAAGUUACUUAGCUAUCUAAUAAUUUAAAGAAUGUGGUAUCAUCAAUUACUAUUGAAAUUCUAAGCGUCUUAUAACCACCUUAGCUAAAAUUUGCCCCAUAUAAACAUCAUUCUUUGUGUUUAUUUAAAAUUUUAAAAAAAUUAUAUUUUUUUAAUAACCAACUGUUCAUGUGUUUGUAUUCCAUCAUGUAGGCUGGAGCUUGUGUUGAGAAAUGUCCUUGUUAUGAGGGGGGGAGAUGGUACAAGGAUGGAGAAACAUUUGAAAAGAACUGCUUAACCAAGUAAGUGAAGUGGGGUUGGGGGGUGGGGGGACUAAUGAGGUUUGAUAAGCUGAUGGAAUCUAAAAUGGGAUGUCUAAAAGGACUAUGUCUCUAUCUGUAAUGAAUGGUUGUCAUACAUCAAGUUCAAAUGUCCUAAUCUGUUUAACAUAACACAAGUCCUAUUUCACGAACAGCGUAACCUUUAAUGCAAGCUUCUCUUUCACCUGGUCAUAUGAUAAUUGAAACCUAUAGAGCGUAGUUCUCUACUGAAAUACCUUCUCACUCAAUGCUCAGAAUGCAACUGCCAAAUGAAUAGGACAUAUCCAAAAGACACUAGUCAAAGCUACAGGCAAACCAGGUCACGAUACUCAAGAAGUUUGGUAAGCUGGGCACAAUCUACAAGUGCAUGUCUAAAGGGACUGGUCAAGAAUUUCUAUGAAUUAUUUUUAAAAUGACACCAGAUUGUGUUUGGUUAUAAUAAUGAACAAAGAAAUAAAAUGUAAAGUUUCCUCUGAACUCUUCUCACCAGGGUGUGUCGUGAUGGUGUCUUCGUCUUUGACUCUGAACGCCCAACUGACUGUACAGGUAUAUUGACAUGCUAACAUUGAAAGUCACCACCUAAGUGGAGAGAAGAUAAAGAUAUUUUAUGUGUUGUUUAGAUCAUACGUCCUGUUCUGUAAAUAAUGUGUCAAAUAUUUAGUUGUUAAAUUUGGUGAGGAAAUGAAGGUUUGAACGUUCAAAUUAAAUAUUUACUUUGACGUAGAGUUUGCUGUAAAAAAAACUUGAGAUAAAAACAAAGUGGACUCUGACGUCAAGAUUUCGUUUGUUGAAGGAAGUUAUAAGCUGAAGAAUCCCAUUACAAACCAGGCAGUUGGUGGUCAGCAGACACAAAUUUUGUUUAAUUAAUCCAUGAAAACGUUUUUAAAAACUGCUGUUGUUUUGUUUUCCAGGUGUCUGUGUCUUGACCGGGUCAUCAAUGAAACUUAAACCCUUUGAUACAUCCACUCUCAGUGACUUCUCCAUCGAGGGCAUGUGCGAAUACUUUGUACUGAAGAUUGGAAAUGACUUUGCUGUCAAGACCAAACCUGUUGUAUGUGGCAGUGCACGUGGGUCUAUUUUUAAAAACCUUUUAUUACACAAGAGCGUUUCUUGGUACUGUUUCUCAUUUUUGGACACUCAUGUCUUAGGAUCCAUUUAUCCAAGAAACCUCAACCUUUUAUCCAUAGUCUAAGUCUUGUGACACAUUUCAAUCAAUCAAAGUUUUUCGGAUGUCAAAUUUUAUGAAGUCAAAAUACUUUCCAUAUUUCUGGGUCAAAAAUUUAAAUGAUUUUAAUCCGGGAAAGGAACUUUCUCACACCAUAUAUUCAAUUAUUAUUCCAGUUAUCUUUUGAAAGUACCAAGUAUAUAAAGUUUUGAUUGGAUUAAUUUCAUGUUUUUGCCAUCCUCUUGUUCUUAUUGUGCUAGGGUUAAACAUCUGAUUUAGAGAUAGGGAAAUUUUACAUUUUCCAAUAAACUUUGCAGUAUUCUUCUUGUUAUAAGUUGUCCCACAUUUUUCUUGUGUUGUAAUUAUUUAGGACACAAUUUUCUGUAUUGUUAUUUAUUUUGUUGAUUUUCGGAGCAAAUCUUUGGAGGUCAUGUCACCAUUACCAUUGGUAAAUCUGUUUAUCUUAAUUUUAUUGAGGAAACUGAAGCAUUGAACACUGUGACCAGAGGAUACCAAAAAAUUGAAUUCCGUCAGUUUUCUGAAAGUGUUUUCAUGUGUCCUCGUAAAGGCAGUUUGAGAACCAGUAAAUGGUCUCAAAAUGAUCCACUGGCCAUGUUUUCACAGGUACUGCCUGCAUGCACAUGAUCACUAUAGAGACGCCCUACAUGAAAGACCCAAUCAUCCUGAAAUCAACUAACCCGGGUACAGUCAUGGUUGGAAAUAAAGAGUACAACCGCAAUGUGGGUCCCAACAUAAAGAUCACAGACACCACCUACUACCUGAGUAUUUACUUUGGAGAUUUGUUUGCAGUUCAGUGGAAUCAAGGUAUUGGAUUAAAUGCAGUGACAUGUAUUCCUUUUAAAAAAAAAGAAAUAUUUUCAAUUAACAAACUUAUUUUAAGCAUAUUUCAUGUUAGAGGACUGUGACUGAUAUGGGUAGAAUUCAUAUGGGAAGACCUCGUGUGGUAAGACCUCAGGGGAAAAAAACAGACAUGUGACAUUUUGCACAUUUUGAGAAAAUAGAUUUGAGAGUUUGGAAAGGCUCAAAACCUUUAAACAUAAAAAUAUUAUUUUAUAAUUCUGAUUGUAUUUAAGAGAAUGAUAUUCUUUGUAUGAUAAAAAUCAAUUAAUUUAAAAUAUUCUUAAAAUCUAUCAAUGGUUUAUCAUUAUUUAAAAAAAAACUUUGCUCAUUUUUAAAUACAUUUUAGAACUUCCUGCAAUGUUUUCUUUUGAUGAUUUUAUAAUUCACUACAUCUAUGUUUGUGCCAGGGCUGACAAUGAGAAUCGAAGUGUCAAGCAAACUGUUCAACCGGACUUCUGGUCUUUGCGGCAACUUCAACCUGGAUGCCUCAGACGACAGGAAAGGCAGCGAUGACCUUCAAAAGGAGACCAUCAGCAAACUGGCCAGGAGCUGGAUCGUCAACCCAGACGAAUGCACCAUGGGUGUUGAGCAGUCGAUUGGUGCUACUUGUGAGGUAAGACUGUGAAAGAUGUUACGGCAAUUCUACCGUCUAGCAGUAAUCAGCCUUUCUGUUUUUAUACCAUCCAUACACCAAUAAUUAUAUCUCUAACAGCUCAAUUAGUACAUAAUGAAUUGUUUUGGGAUAAUGUUUCUAUGAGUAGAACUGAGACUUUAAUAGCAAUUUAUUUCGACAAAUGUGAUCGUACUUUAAUUGCAUAUUUUAAAAAAAUAAUAAACAUAUACAAAUUUAUCCAAAGUUAUUUAUUUUAACAACUUUUUUUUAAGUGCAUUAAUUUUCAACUUCACAGGGAUCUAAACGUCAAGCAUGGGCCAAGGAUGCGUGUAAAGUUAUACUGGAAGGGGAAGCUUUCGCUGCAUGCCGUAAAUAUGGUGGAGAGGUCAGCUUCUAUGACAACUGUGUGGCACAAUCUUGCAAGUAUGUCAGCUGUUACAAUUUUAUCUCUCACCCAAGUCACGUUACUUCUAGUGACAAUUUUCAUUAAAAUAAGAUGCCCUAAAUUAUAUUUCUUAAAAAACACAUACAAUUUAAAAGGAAUGUUACGAAAAUUAAAUUAGUAUGUGGAAUAAGAUUCUUUUAUUGAUCCAAAUGAAUGGAAAUAUUUUUUGAUUAAAUUGUAUGUAUUCAUUUUCAGCACAUAAAAAAUACAUAUUUUAGCAAGACUACAUUUUACAAUUCAUAACAAUUUAAACACAACAUGUCUAAAAUAUUUCUCUAGAGUGGAACUCAGCCAUCAGUGAACUCCUUUAGUAGGGACAAUAAUGACUUAGUGAUCAUAUCACAGAAACAUAAUCACAAAAAAUAAGAACGAAUAUUAAGGCAAAGAUUUGGUUGUUAAAAAAAAAAGUAAAUAAAUUUGUACUCAAAUUUCUUUCUAACACCAGCAGUAAAUCAAACAAAUUAUUGCACCAAAUAUCUUUCUUAUUCGAUGCUGGAAUAGUUUAACAUAUGGUGUGUCAACAUUUGAAUGGUUGUGGGGCAUGUGAAGGAUAAUGUUACUAAACCGCCAAUAAAAAAGGAAAACCUUUGGCACCCUGUUUAUUGAGGUCUUGACCAAACUAUUGUUUAGAGAAGCUGUUGACAACAUUUGUGUCCAGAUUUUCAAAUAGAGAAAUUCAAAUCUUAAACAUGUUUCUUGGUUAUUUUAGUUUUAAAGUAUAGGGUUAGUCAAAGUAAAGUAUCACCUAUGACGUAGCAGAUAUUUUAAUGGUCUCUGGAUGAAUUGAAGCAAUGUUUCUUUUUGGUGAGAUGAGAUAAUAAUAAGGUACAACAAAAAACACAGCCCCAUAGCAAAGUCAUAUAAAAGUACAUAAACUCAAUUAGGUAAAAAACCGCUGUCCUAUAGCAUAGUCAUAUAACAUUACAUAGGGUCAUUAAGAUAGAAAACCAAUGCUCUAUAGUAAAGUCAUAUCAAAUUACUUAGAUUCAUUAAGAUAGAAAACCAAUGCUCUAUAGCACAGUCAUAUCAAAUUACUUAGAUUCAUUAAUAUAGAAAACCAAUGCUCUAUAGUAAAGUCAUACCAAAUUACUUAGAUUCAUUAAUAUAGAAAACCAAUGCUCUAUAGUAAAGUCAUACCAAAUUACUUAGAUUCAUUAAUAUAGAAAACCAAUGCUCUAUAGUAAAGUCAUAUCAAAUUACUUAGAUUCAUUAAUAUAGAAAACCAAUGCUCUAUAGCACAGUCAUAUCAAAUUACUUAGAUUCAUUAAUAUAGAAAACCAAUGCUCUAUAGCACAGUCAUAUCAAAUUACUUAGAUUAAUUAAGAUAGAAAACAAUGCUCUAUAGCAAAGUCAUAUAAAAAUACAUUACUCUGCAGGCUAAAGAAUUUCAUAUAAAACUCAUUUCUCUAUGUUGAGAAGGUUAUGUCACUCAUCCAAAAUACUCCUUAAAACUCUUGUUAAAAAAUAUGAACUUAAAAUAAAAAAAUAAUGUAAUAAUUUUCAGUCUAAAUAUAUCCUGAAGUCAUAUGACAUCCAAGACCCACCUUUUCCUGUAAUAUAUUUAGAUAUUGUUGAUAUAUAACACAAUGUGUGUUGUUUUUUUUACCUCAGCUGUGAUACUGGUGGGGACUGUGAGUGUCUCUGUGAUGCCAUUUCGGCUUAUGCUGCCCACUGCAAUGAAAUCGGAGCCCCUGCAAAAUGGAGACACCAGAGACUUUGUCGUAAGUUGUGACCUACUUUUUCUCAUUUGUUCAUUAUCUUUGGUGUGCUAAGGAUUAGUCCUUAGAACCUGUUCAUUUUUUGUAUUUUGUGUCUUCUUUUAUAUUCAUAGAAAUCAAGGAUAAAUAAAGCAUCUUUAACAUAUUAGACUACAAUUAAAGAAAACCUAUAUCCUCUUUAACAAGUUAGAUUGCCAUUAGAGAAUAAAUAUAACAUCUUUAACAUAUUAGACUACAAUUAAAGGAAACCUAUAUCAUCUUUAACAAGUUAGAUUGCCAUUAGAGAAUAAAUAUAACAUCUUUAACAUAUUAGACUACAAUUAAAGAAAACCUAUAUCCUCUUUAACAAGUUAGAUUGCCAUUAGAGAAUAAAUAUAACAUCUUUAACAUAUUAGACUACAAUUAAAGAAAACCUAUAUCCUCUUUAACAAGUUAGAUUGCCAUUAGAGAAUAAAUAUAACAUCUUUAACAUAUUAGACUACAAUUAAAGGAAACCUAUAUCCUCUUUAACAAGUUAGAUUGCCAUUAGAGAAUAAAUAUAGCAUCUUUAACAUAUUAGACUACAAUUAAAGGAAACCUAUAUCAUCUUUAACAAGUUAGAUUGCCAUUAGAGAAUAAAUAUAACAUCUUUAACAUAUUAGACUACAAUUAAAGGAAACCUAUAUCCUCUUUAACAAGUUAGAUUGCCAUUAUAGAAUAAAUAUAGCAUCUUUAACAUAUUAGACUACAAUUAAAGAAAACCUAUAUCAUCUUUAACAAGUUAGAUUGCCAUUAGAGAAUAAAUAUAGCAUCUUUAACAUAUUAGACUACAAUUAAAGGAAACCUAUAUCCUCUUUAACAAGUUAGAUUGCCAUUAGAGAAUAAAUAUAGCAUCUUUAACAUAUUAGACUACAAUUAAAGGAAACCUAUAUCAUCUUUAACAAGUUAGAUUGCCAUUAGAUAAUAAAUAUAGCAUCUUUAACAUAUUAGACUACAAUUAAAGAAAACCUAUAUCAUCUUUAACAAGUUAGAUUGCCAUUUGAGAAUAAACAUAACAUCUUUAACAUAUUAGACUACCAUUUUUGACUUAAAUGAGGAUAUAUUAUAAAAAAAGUUGAAACAUACCAUUAAAUAAAUCCCCACCAUUUAGUAAAACUCUCCACCAUUUUGAUCCACAGCCAUACAGUGUGAGGGUGGAAGUAUAUAUGACCCUUGUGGAUCAAGUUGUCCUGAGGCUUGUGGAGUGUCUCCAAACAAGACAAGCACCCUGUGUUCUUCAUUGACAUGUUUGGAAGGAUGCUACUGUCCCGAGGGUUAUGUACGAUCAGGUGCGUUUAUAUUUUUACAUCCUAAGCAGUUUUUUUUGUUGAACAAUUUCAAGGAAAAUUGAACCCAAAUUCACCAACUCACCCACCAAUGCUAUUUGCUCUAAUUCACCAACUCACCCACCAAUGCUAUUUGCUCUAAUUCACCAACUCACCCACCAAUGCUAUUUGCUCUAAUUCACCAACUCACCCACCAAUGCUAUUUGCUCUAAUUCACCAACUCACCCACCAAUGCUAUUUGCUCUAAUUCACCAACUCACCAACCAAUGUUAUUUGCUCUAAUUCACCAACUCACCCACCAAUGUUAUUUGCUCUAAUUCACCAACUCACCAACCAAUGUUAUUUGCUCUAAUUCACCAACUCACCCACCAAUGCUAUUUGCUCUAAUUCACCAACUCACCCACCAAUGUUAUUUGCUCUAAUUCACCAACUACCCACCAAUGUUAUUUGCUCUAAUUCACCAACUACCCACCAAUGUUAUUUGCUCUAAUUCACCAACUCACCCACCAAUGUUAUUUGCUCUAAUUCACCAACUCACCAACCAAUGUUAUUUGCUCUAAUUCACCAACUCACCCACCAAUGUUAUUUGCUCUAAUUCACCUAUUCACCAACCAAUUUUAUUUGCUCUAAUUCACCAACUCACCCACCAAUGCUAUUUGCUCUAAUUCACCAACUCACCCACCAAUGCUAUUUGCUCUAAUUCUUCAACUCACCAACCAAUGUUAUUUGCUCUAAUUCACCAACUCACCCACCAUUGUUAUUUGCUCUAAUUCACCAACUCACCCACCAAUGUUAUUUGCUCUAAUUCACCAACUCACCCACCAAUGUUGUUUACUCUAAUUCAGUCACUGUUAACCAAUGGUACAUGCUAAAAGUGUUUCCAUAUAUUAUUAUUAAAUAAAUUUCUUUAUUCUAUUUUCUGAGAUUGCACUUAAUGAAUAUAAAUACAAGUUUGGGCAUAUAUAUUUUAUUCUAAAUGUAGCUUUAUUUGUAACAUUAAAUUGACAAUCUUGAACUGAAAUGUCGUGAAUGCAAUACUAUCAGAUCUAGAUGACAUUGACAACUCCCACUGUAUUCCAAGAUCGGAAUGUCCAUGUGUUGAUGAGAAGGGGCACUCAAUUCCUAACGGUCAGAUUGUUACCAUCAAUUGCCAAGUUUGGUAAUCUUCUUUUUUAUUCUUCUUAGUAAUUAUUUUUUACUCAAUGAUUUGAUAAGCAUUAGAAAUUGUAUUAAAUUAAUUUUUUAAAUUAGGAAAACAAUGUCAGCUGCCAUGAUAUCGCUUGUAUCAUCCUGAACAAUCAUAGGUUCUUCAUCUACAAAAUAUAAAACAUUUUUAACUUAACUUCAGAUAAAUUAUAUUAGCUAUUGUGUAUUCUUUCUUACUUAAGUAUGGACAAUUACGGCAUUUACAGUAUUAUAAUAAAGUAAUGCAAAGACCAUUUUAAUGUAAUUAGAGCCAUAAUGAAAUUUUUUAAAAUAUGUCUUAACAUUCUCCAGUAACAACUGAAAUUUUUAAAUUUUUUAAAUAAAUGAAAGCAUUUUUUAUAACUGAUUGGAAUGUUACAAAAUACAAUUCAUUUAAACCCUUGUUUUAAUUCAGACAGCCAAGAGAAUUGUAUGAUACAUAAUAACUAGCCCAAUUGUAACCUUUAUUUAGUGAAUGCACAGAAGGAGAACUGAAAUGCACAGGCGAGCCAUGCAAAACUGAAUGUGAGGAAAAUGAAUAUCUGUGCAAUGACGGGCAUUGCAUCUAUUACAAAAGGAAAUGUGAUGGUGUGCCUGAUUGCAAG